AUGAUACACCGAUCUGCUGCUCGAGAAGCUACCGCUCUGUGCUUGGCCCUGCUACUGCCCUUUCCCCGAACCAGCUCCACCGCCACUACAGGCGCUCCGACCACGGCGGCGCCAUGCACGCCGGCGUGGUGCGGGGACUUGGCCAUUUCCUACCCGUUCUGGCUCGCAGGCACGCAUCCGCCGAAGUGCGGCCACCAAGGCUUCCAGGUUACAUGUGACAAGGCCAAGGCGUACCUCAAGAACUCGGUCUGGACGUACCAGAUCCAGGCCAUCUUCUACACCAACAAUUUCCUCAGAGUCACCAACGCCAACCUGUCGUUGGAUGGCACUUGCAACGUCGGCAACUUCGUCAACGCCUCCUCCGUCCUCAGGCCGUUCUAUAUUGACUCCCAGAGCGACAUGGAACUGUUUUUCUUGUACGGCUGCAACCUGCGGGCACCGCAGCUGCCAAGUUCUUGGGCGCCCCUGAGCUGUGACAAUGGCUCGUUCGCCUGGCUUUCUGGGCAGUACAGGCCUGACGACAGCUCGAUGGUGCUGCCGGGAAACUGCACCGUUGCGAUGAUACCGGUGCUGGCAUACGAGGGGGCGACGGGGGCAGAUUAUCAGCGGCUCAUGGAGGGAGGGUUUUUGCUUAAUUACCUCAACGAGGACUUCUCCCAGUGCGACGCUUGCCCCGUCGAACACGGACACGGCCAGUGCCGGACAUUUGUCAGCGACGAUGGGUUCCAGUGCUACUGCUCUGACGGCGUGUACUCGACGGCCUGCGGAACCAAGAGGACUAACUGGAAGACGACAAUAAUAGAGCACUCAAGAAGAGCUCUUAUAUAUGAGUACAUGCCAAAUGGUUCUUUGGAUAAAUAUAUUUACUCUGAGAAACCCAAAGAAACUUUAGGGUGGCAAAAGCUCUAUACAAUAGCAAUUGGGAUUGCUCGUGGCCUAGAAUACUUGCACCACAGUUGUGAUACACGAAUAGUUCACUUCGAUAUCAAGCCUCAAAAUAUCCUUCUAGAUAAGGACUUUUGCCCAAAAAUUGCUGAUUUUGGUUUAGCUAAAUUGUGUCAUGCAAAGGAUAGUAAGCUUUCAAUGACUGGUGCUAGAGGAACAAUUGGAUUCAUUGCUCCUGAAGUUCACUCCCGAACCUUUGGAGUUGUCUCAACAAAAUCAGACAUUUACAGUUACGGAAUGAUGUUGCUAGAGAUGGUUGGAGGCAGAAAAAACGUGAAAUCAAUGGUUCAAAAGUCUAGUGAAAAGUAUUUUCCACAUUGGAUUUAUGAUCACUUUGCCCAAGAAGAUGGAUUACAUGGUUGUGAUGUCACGAGUGAAGUGGAGGAAAUUGCCAGAAAGAUGACUCUAAUAGGUCUGUGGUGCAUCCAAAUUUUACCUAUGCAUCGCCCUACUAUAACCAAGGUUUUAGAAAUGUUUGAAAGAGACUUAAACAAACUGGACAUGCCACCAAAGCAGAACUUCAGUCAAAUACUCAAAGAUUCAGUUUACAAUUUGAAUACAGAAAGAAUGAUUCCCAGCAGCUCUGCUGAAACACAAGGUUCUAGUGAAGGACUGAAGGCUGAGGAGAUAAAGCAUGUGAAUUCAAAUGUUAUAUGA